CUAGAAGUAGCUUUUAUGUUGUCAGCGGCAGUCUGCGUUUGUGUUUCGCCGUCGGUGACCUGUCGGUGACAUUUGCAAACAAUGCUCCUCGGGCUGACUAGAGGGCGGGUGCUGCCGUCUCCUCGGCGCUGCCUCCUGCAUUGUCGCCACAUUAAAUCUGCAGCCACCGCUGCGAGUGGUGUUGGAGACAGCGUGCUCUCUGCAUUUAGGUCUAUAUGUGGCGAGGACGGCGUCUCAUUGGGCGAAGCUGUUAGAGAACAACAUGGCAAAGAUGAGUCUGUACACAGAUGCCGUCCUCCAGAUGUGGUGGUGUUUCCACGUUGUGUGGAGGAGGUCAGUGCCUUGGCAAAGGUCUGCCACAAGCACCGCCUUCCCAUCAUCCCUUUUGGCACUGGGACUGGCUUGGAGGGAGGGGUUGGAGCUAUGAAGGGGGGAGUGUGCUUCAGCUUAAGGAACAUGGAACAGGUUCUGGAUCUCCACCCAGAGGACUUUGAUGUGACGGUGGAGCCUGGUGUGACUCGAAAGGCUCUCAAUGCAUACCUGCGAGACACAGGCCUCUGGUUUCCUGUUGAUCCUGGAGCUGAUGCAUCUCUGUGUGGUAUGGCUGCCACCAGUGCAUCAGGUACUAAUGCAGUGCAUUAUGGGACUAUGAGGGAAAAUGUUAUAAACCUGGAGGUAGUGUUGGCUGAUGGGAGCAUCGUACACACUGCCGGGAAGGGCCGCCGUCCCAGGAAGACGUCAGCUGGCUAUAACUUGACAAACCUGUUUGUAGGCUCAGAGGGGACCCUGGGGAUCAUCACUAAGACCACAUUACGCCUCUAUGGCAUCCCAGAGGCCAUGGUGUCAGCGGUCUGCUCAUUUCCUUCUGUCCAGGCUGCUGUAGACAGCACAGUGCAGACGCUACAAGCUGGAGUACCCAUCGCUCGCAUCGAGUUUCUGGAUGAUGUGAUGAUUGAUGCGUGCAACAGGUUCAGCUCUCUGUCCUACCCCGUGAACCCAACUCUGUUCCUGGAGUUCCACGGCUCAGAACAAAGCCUCGAGGAACAGGUCAAAACAGCCGAGGACAUCACUCAGAGUAACGGAGGGUCAGACUUUCAGUGGGCUCGAGAUACGGAAACACGGAAUCGGUUGUGGAAAGCUCGUCAUGAUGCCUGGUACGCUGCUCUGGCUCUCAGACCGGGCUGCAAGGCCUACUCUACAGAUGUGUGUGUUCCUCUGUCUCGACUGCCUCAAAUUAUUGUGGAGACAAAGGAGGACCUGAUUGAGAACAGACUUACAGGUCCCAUAGCAGGCCACGUGGGCGAUGGGAAUUUCCACUGUCUGAUGGUGGUGGAUCCAAACGACCCCGAGGAGAUGCACAGAGUCCACCUGUUCACUGAGAGACUGGCUAGGCGAGCCUUGGCCAUGGAUGGUACGUGUACAGGGGAGCAUGGAGUGGGUUUAGGGAAAAGGGCACUGCUGUGCGAGGAGAUGGGGCCUGUGGGCAUCCAGGUCAUGCAGAGUCUCAAGGAUGCCCUCGACCCAAACAACCUGAUGAAUCCUGGGAAAAUCCUGCAGCGAGAAGAGCCAUGAGCAGCGUGUCCAUCUGAGUGAAGUUUGUGGACGCACCUCUGUUAAAGGAGCACAAGCAAACAUAUGAAAUCAUUGAAGCAGUGAUUUGCAAAUUCAGUUAAAUCAAGAAAGCUACAUGUGUUUUAUGGGAUUUCUCACGAAUGUUCCUGCAUGCACCAGAAAACCUGACUCUUGGAAAAUGAUGAGUGUUAAUAGAAUCCUUUUUGCUAACUCCAAAUUUGAGUUUUUAAGGAAGACCUGGUCUGUUGUUGCAGACCAGCAUUAUGUAAAGAUUAUCUUCCACAGAUCCUUUCUUUUUGUGUCAUUAAAAUUAAUGUCUAAUAUGUGGAAUCACUCCAAGUGCUGUUCAACCUGUUUAUUGCCUGCUGAAUACAUUUCAUUGAAAGUAGACACUACGGUUUAUUAUGCUUUUGCUUUUGUAAACACUACCUAACUGCAGAUGAGCAUUUUGACACAGGACUCCAUUAUUCUAUUGAUUUGCAUAGCUGUUUAAAGAGUAUCUAGAAUUCAGCGACUAUAUGUUGUAUACUUUAAAUAAAUCACAGUAUGCAA